CCCUCUGCGUGUUAUACUCUGUUAAGCACAGGAGCCCAAAGUUCUUUUAUAACUAGCCUGAGCCUGUGAUUCCCCUCGGAGACGCGGGUGCUAUCCGAGCAGCCAUGGAGUCCAGCACCAGCCACCCAGAUGACUUCCCUCUCAAUGUGUUUUCUCUGACUCCCUACACUCCCAGUACCGCUGACAUCCAGGUGUCUGAUGACGACAAGGCAGGAGCCACCUUGCUUUUCUCAGGCAUCUUUCUGGGACUGGUGGGGAUCACGUUCACGGUCAUGGGCUGGAUCAAAUAUCAAGGGGUCUCCCACUUUGAGUGGACCCAGCUGCUCGGGCCCAUCCUGCUGUCAGUCGGGGUGACGUUCAUCCUGAUCUCUGUGUGCAAGUUCAAAAUGCUCUCCUGCCAGCUGUGCAAAGAAAGUGAGGAAAGGGUCCUGGACUCUGAGCAAACGUCAGGAGGACAGUCGUUCGUUUUCACUGGUAUCAACCAGCCCAUCACCUUCCAUGGAGCCACAGUGGUGCAGUACAUCCCCCCUCCUUAUGGGUCUCAAGAGCCGAUGGGGGUGAACGCCGCCUACCUGCAGUCCAUGGCGAACCCUUGUGGUCUGCUGCCCUUCCCAGGGGCAGUAGGAGCCGUGCCGAGCCCUCCUCAGUACUGCACCAUCUGCCCUCAGGACAAUGCUGAGUUUGUGGAGGGCGAGGACUACUCUUCUGUCAUGCACAGUGGAAAUGGCAGGUCCAGCGCUGGUGCUUAUGGGCAAGGAGAGACGCAGCUGGCAGAGGAGGAUCGUGCCCGCUUCUCCCCUCCUCCCUAUGAGGAAAUCUAUGUCCUUCCUCACUAGAGUCUCUGUUGCUAAGGGAAUGAGCACAGAUGUCACUGUGACCUGGCAACUGGAAUGUCUUGUACUAUUAUCUUUAGAAGUCAAAGCAGAGCAGCCCAGGCAGCCUCACAGAUAACGUUCAAGGUGGGAAAGGGAAAGGCAGCAGUGAGUAAAAUGUCUCAGACUGGUAAGGAUUAGGCUAAGUAGGAAAAGUUCCUUUAGAUUCAGUGGCAAAUUCUCUCUGGUAAGAAAUUCUGUCUGUGUUACGUGCAAGAGCAAGCAUUUCCCCUGUCCCUCAACAUCCUGCCUUCUGUCUGUGGGAAGGUACUGGUGUCUCAGUUUUAACUCCAGCCAAGGGAAAAUCUCGACUUCUAAGACCCAGGAGCUUCCAGGUGAAGGAAGGGGUGGGAAGGAAGCAGGGUCGAGAAUGCAGGCUCAAUCAGGAGUUGUCCAGUGCCCAUCUGGGUCCCAAAGAGCUUCAUCGCCAGGUGCUCUUCUGUGAGGACUCUUGCUAUCUUAGGGGCUGUGAAAUAAGUGAAGAAAUAAAGUGGAAUAUGAUGAAGUAAUGUCUCCUGCUGGAAUAGUAUUGAAUGUCUGACUAAACCCUAAUGGUAGAAUAAUGUUGUAAACAAAUGUACUGUGUUCUGGGUAAAUGUUCUGGAUCCAUGAAUAAAAUCACUGGUGUUUUCUGCAAGG